AUGGCAGACCACACGCCCGCCUCAGAAAAACCAAGCCACGUCCUCUCCGACACAGACCGCACCCGCAUCUCAGCCAACGUAGCCCAAACCUUUCUCGAAACCUACCACGACGCCCUCCUCUCCAACCGCUCCACCUUGGCAUCCUUCUACCACCCAACAAUCCCCUCCCCAACACCCAACCGCACCAUCCCUCUAAUUUCCUACAACGGCACCCUGCUGCACUCCGGUGAAGAUUUCCAAAACGCCUACGAAUCCAUGCCGUACACCUACCACGAAGUCCAAAGUAUGAAUGCCAGCAUCAUCAAUCCGUGUUUGGAUCCCGGGAAAUCGAGGACUAAAGGGGAGGCGGAGAGGAAUUGUAGUGUUGCGGUGCAGGUUAGUGGGUUUGUUAGGUUGAAUGAGAGGAAGGAGGGGGAGAUGAGGGGUUUUGCGGAGAGUUUUGUGUUGGUACCUAGUUCGGAGGAGGUGAGAGGGAGGGCUGGAGCGGGGAGGGGGAGGGAUUGGGUUGCUGUUAGUCAGUGCUUUCGGUGGGUUGUUUGA